GCCCGCGUGAUUCCCACGUUGCAAGUUCGCGGGUGAAAAAGUCAAACUAGUUCAUAUAUUUAUUUUUAUUUAAUUUUGAUCAAUUUGCCGUGAGACUGAAUGCCCGUCAUCUCUUGAACAUCUGACGGUUUUUGCGGUGGAAUAUGACUUAAUUUGGAGUUGAGGCUCCGCUCAAGAGCGUUUUUUUUUUAAAGUUGGUUUCGUGAAGAUUUUGCCUCCCAACUCUUUGUCAAGGUUUCUUAAGGAGUGCCAACAUCGGAGAAUAAAAAUGAUGCUGAGCCCGGACCAGGCGGAGGCGGACCUCUCCUGGACUCAGUCCGACCCGGAGUCCAUUCUGAACGGCCUCAAGUCGGCCGGCUGCACCUCGGACGAGCCGGCGGAGGGCGAGGAGAGGGCCAAGUGUAAAGGCGACCAGCCGCUGAGCAGGGAGGAGAAGAGGCGGAGGCGGAGGGCCACGGCCAAGUACCGCUCGGCCCACGCCACCAGAGAGAGGAUCCGGGUGGAGGCGUUCAACGUGGCCUUCGCGGAGCUGAGGAAAUUACUCCCCACUUUGCCCCCGGACAAGAAACUCUCCAAGAUCGAGAUCCUCAGACUGGCUAUAUGCUACAUCUCCUAUCUCAAUCAUGUGCUGGAUGUUUAAAAGUCACCCCCCCCCUCUCCCCCUUCACCCUCUUCCCCUCCAUGAGAGAGAAAUGGUUUGGUUUGGGGUUGACAGGACUCAAGUGCAUGCUGGGCGUCAAUCGGGUAUGGCAAGGUUGGCAGUUAGGGUCCACUGAUGAGAAGCAGCUAUAGCCUAUACCCAGUGUGUUCGUAGCCUUUCAUAGCUGCUAUUUUGUGAAGACGUUACUUUCAAAUGUGGCAAUUAAAAAUGAGUCAUGAAUUGUAUUCUAGAUUCCGGAGACAAGUUAGAAUAAAAAAAAUAAAAAAAACCUGAAUGAACACCUGCAUGAAUGCAGGUUAUAAACACAUGUUUCAUCCCAGGUUUUAACGGCUGAUAGCCUAUAUAUAAAAUGUUAAUAUCUGCAAACGGAUAUCGGCCUGGCACCUGCGUUACGAGCUCCCACCUUACUUUGACUUCAGGGACAUAAUACAUCUAAUCGGUGAGCUUUUUAAUUAGCCUACAACACACAAAAACAUGAAUCAACUAACUUUAAAAAAAAAAAAUCCGCCAAUUCAUCAUUUAGAGCCCAAAUGUAUGAAACAACUUCUCCUACCAAAUGAAAGCAACCUCUCCCCGGAUGCUGGGACUUUGCCAUACCUGCUAGUUGACUGAGUCCCCCCCCCCCCCCCCAGUGUAAGUCCAGGGUUGGUUCUAUUUGGAUGGCGGCGGUGUAAAAGUUGUUGAAAGCCUCAACUUUCAGUCCAGACCGCUCACUGAACAAAAAGCAACAAGCGCCGAGUCGUUUGAGCUGUUGGAUGCAAUAAUGCGAAUAAUGAUUAUUAUCCGACAUACAUGUGGGGGGAGGAUGGGCUCCACGAGCCCCGCAGCCAUUCACGUUUCCCCCUCCCAGAGGUGAUGUAUUAGUGGAGAGGAACAUGUGGAGAGCUAUCGUGGAUAUCAAGAAUUUGGGGUUUCAGAGAAACUUUAAUUUCCACAUGAAAUCCCCCUACAUGAUAUUAGUUGAAUCCUACCCCAAUGUCAUGAAUCUGUUGAAGCCUAAAAACGAAGUCCUCCCCUCACUGUAUUCAUUUUGAGGUCCAAUAAAACAAACACUGGGGCAUUUUCACAUCGAAAUGAAAGGAUGUAAACGAGAUAGCUGCUUUAGAUCUAGUUUAGAUGAUGUUUUCCGUAAAGGAAGAAAAAAAAAAGAAGAAAAAGUGCCACUUAUGACAUAUAAAAUUGUGACCUUAAUCAUUUUUUUUUUUUUUUUAAAGUGUAUGGAAUUAUUUAUUUAAUUGUGUUAAUAUUUAAGGCUAAUUUAUUUAUGUUGAUAUUAUAGGCUGGCGUCUUUUUGUAUAAAUGUAUAUUGUUUUGUUGCUUCUAUAUUUUUAGGCUGUGAAAUUGAAAAAUGGAAAGUGAUGGUGUUCUACUCUUAAAAAAAAUGGCACUUUCUGUUAAUCCAUAACUUAUUCGUUUGAUGUAGCCUAUGUUUGAUGUAUGUCAUUAUCUUUGAUUUUUUACUGUCACGUCUAUUGCCUAUCAAUAGCAACGAUAAGCACUUCAACAUGGGGUCCAAUGGCCCCAUACAUGUUUAUUUCCCUAAACUGUUGUGUUGCUCAAAGAACAAGAAUUGGGCUGCCUAAAAAAAAAACUAAAAAAAACUGCAUUCAAUUUAAAAAUGACAGAAUAAUGUAAUCAUGUGAAGGAUGAUUAUGUCAAACAGUUUCUACCACCAAGGGGUUAUGUUGCGAUUAACAAGCAAACCCCUUUUUUUGCUGUUACCAAAAAUGAAUACUAAUAAUUUCGAAAAUAGACAGAAUUUAUUCUCUUCAAUGUUUUGAUGUUACGUUUUGGAUUUAUUUAUUUGUGUCUGCUUUGUAUUACUAUAUUCAAUAAGUAAUUUUAUAGUGAAGAAAAAAAACAACAUAUCCUCUAUCCAAAGAUUUUUUGUCUCUUCAGGGUUGUGUAGGCUACUUGUUGCUUUAUGCAGAUCUUUUGUAGUAGAGGUGUCGUGUGACAGCUGGUUUCUAAUGGACAAACUUUUCAUAUUUUCCGGUGUUAUUUUUAAUUAAAACGGAAAUACUUGAAAACAAA